AUGUUCAAUGCGUUGAACGGAAUGGGAGGAGGAGGGCAACUUGACACCACGGUUGGGUCAAAUGCAAAUGUAGCAUUAUACACAUGUUUUUCCGUAGGAGGUUUAUUUGCAGGACCGAUCGUUAAUAAGUUGGGCCCAUCAUUUUCAUUAAUCAUUGGUGGAUUGACUUAUGCUUUGUAUUCGGGUUCGUUGCUUUAUUAUAAUCACAUCAAAAGUCAAUACUUCACUGUGAUAUCAGGUGGCAUCCUUGGUUUUGGCGCAGCUCUCUUGUGGACGGGACAAGGUGCCAUCAUGUUAUCUUAUCCUAACGAAGAUGACAAGGGAAAGUUUAUCGGAUUAUUUUGGGUCAUUUUCAAUAUGGGCGGUGUUUUGGGAAGUUUGAUCCCAAUCGGUCUAAAUUGGAACCAAGUUAACAGUGGGUCCGUAACUGAUGGAACAUAUAUCGCUUUCAUGGUGUUGAUGGCAUUGGGUGCCUUUUUAUCUUACGCUUUGUUGCCACCACAUAAAGUGUUCCAUCAAGAUGGCAAACCCGUUAUAAUACAAAAAUUUCCUAAAUGGAAGGAUGAAAUUACUGGUGUCUUCAAAUUAUUUUUUAAUUGGAAGAUGUUGGCUUUAACUCCAAUGUUCGUCGCUAGCAACUGGUUUUAUGCCUAUCAAUUUAACGUGGUCAACGCGAAUUUCUUCAAUGUUCGAACAAGGGCCUUUAAUAAUUUAUGGUACUGGGCAGCACAAAUUGUAGGAGCCAUCGUUUUUGGUAAAUUCCUUGAUAUUACUUCAUUAAAAAGAAAAAAUAGAGGGCUCGUAGGAUUACUUAUAUUAUCAGUCUCGGUCAUGGCAACUUGGAUCGGAGGUCUAUUCUUUCAAUUAACGUUUACCAGAGCAGAUGGUUUACAGAAUGCUGAUGUAUAUAGUAGCGGAUAUGCCAAAUGGUUGAUACUUUACAUUGCAUACGGAAUAAACGAUGCAAUUGUUACGCAUAUUGGAUUAUGGGAGCUCUCUCAAACGACGUCAACGAGCUUGCACGUUUCUCGGGCAAUUCAAUCCGCUGGCGCAGCAAUUUCGUGGCGAAUAGAUACACUUCCGAUUUCUUUCUUGCACGAAUUAUUAAUUUGUUGGAUAUUGUUGGCGGUAGCCUUUCCAGGUGCUUUCGCUGUCGCAUUAAAGAUCAAAGAAACCAACAAUGAAGUGAAUGAAAAACCAAAGGUCAGAGAAAUUAGUGAUAGCAAGGACGUGGAGAGUUAG